UCGCACAAUUUACCCCGAAGCCACGCCAGCACCCUCAGGCAACGGACCACAGGGCAACGCUGGGGAGGCGAUCCCUGCCGCUCCCUUGGCAGCAAGUUCUUGGACCCUCGUCCUCUCCAGCAUCCUGCCCUGGGCAAUUGUACUCCUCCAUAUUCCAACCUGCCUCGGCUUCUAGGCGAGUUGGGAAAAUGUAUGGUAUACCAUGGACUUCGGACCAGCCUAUUCUAUCCUGGGUGCUGGUAUCGUCGCGAUGUUUGCAUGUCUAAUGAAAUGCGUUACGAAUGGGUAUAUUGGUUUCAAAAUCUCCAUCAAAUUGUGGGCGGGUCCUUGGCCUGACGCAAGCUGGAAGUGGAACUACAAGUUUAAGGGCAGCAAGGAGACGGAAGCGACGUAUAGAGCCAUAUGGGCGUCACUUCGACAGUUCGUUCUUGGAGCUUGAUUUAUUUUUUGUUUGGUUUUAUUGCAUAGCGUCUGGUUUUGGUAUUUGAGCGUAUUGGCUUUUUGGUUUAUUAUGGCAUAUCUGCAGGCGAUUGAGUUGGUUGGCCUGCGGUUGAUGUGGAUUCAUGGUCUGUUUUCAUACGAGAUUAUAGAGUAUAGGAGACGAUGUCAUGUCGUAACGUAAUGAACUUAUUAUGUAUAUUG